CACCUUUCAUCUGCGCACAUUGGCUGAUGAGUUUAUCGAUAAACUUCUCUCGUCAUUCCUGCAACGCAUUCAUCAUGGAAAAGAACAGAGUCAAAGUAUCUGUGCACGAAGGAAAGUUAAUCGGCAUUGUAGAGAAAAAUGUCUACAACAAUUCCUAUAUUGCUUUUCGAGGAAUACCAUAUGCGAAACCGCCAAUUGGAGAACUCAGAUUCAAAGAUCCGGUACCGAUAGAACCAUGGACCGAUGAUAAGGAUGCUUCGACGUAUGGAAAUGUCGCUGUUCAACUGAAUAUAUUUACACGUGAAAUUAUGGGCGAUGAAGAUUGUUUAUAUUUAAAUGUGUACACUACGAAACUCGAACCUUUGAAGAAACGCUCAGUAAUGGUAUGGAUACAUGGCGGUGGUUUUUUUAUGGGUACUGGUGAUGCAACCAUAUAUGGUCCCGAUUAUAUUGUGCAAAAGGAUGUGGUAUUGGUUACUUUGAACUAUAGACUAGGCGUUUUAGGUUUCCUAAAUCUCUACGACAAAGUGGCAACAGGUAAUCAAGGUUUGAAGGAUGUGAUCAUGGCGCUACAAUGGGUCCAAAAAAAUAUAUCAAUAUUUGGUGGAGAUCCAGAAAACGUGACUAUCUUUGGCGAAAGUGCUGGUGGAGCAAUCACACAUUAUUUAACUUUGUCCCCAUUAGCCAAAGGUUUAUUUCAUAAAGCAAUAUUGCAAAGUGGUGAUAUGGCGAGUCCUUGGGCUGUUAGCGAACGAAAACCACACACAAUGAAUAAAGGUUUUCUGCUUGCCGAAAAACUUGGAAAACCGACUGCAGAUCCGAAAGUCGCUUAUGAAUUUCUCAAAACGAUCGAUGCAAAAAAGCUUAUAGAGACUCAAGAGAAGUCUCUCUUGACAGAAGUCGAGCGUCAACAAUAUGUUUUGGCAUUUACACCUACUUUGGAUCAUGAGUCAUCGAAUCCAGCUUUUCCGGAAAAUCUAGAGACGUUUAUACACCGUAGGAUUAACGUACCAUUACUUUUAGGUUUUACUAAUUGCGAGGGAAUUUUCUUUGUAUGCAGUAAUGUUUUGAAACAGACAGGUAAAGAAGAACUUAAAAAAGUUGAUUCAGACUUUCAAAUAGCCGUAUUGCCAAAUGUUUUAGCAGCAUUGUCAAAGAUACCGAUCACAGUGAAAGAAUUACGAUCUUUAUAUUUUGGUGACAAAGCAGUGUCAGAAGAAACUUUAAUAAAUUAUGCUAAUUUUAUUGGCGACGAGUUCUUUUAUCGUUCCAUGAUGAAGGUAACAGAUAUUCAGACAAAGCUGAAUAAGAACGAUAACAAUGCGACAUAUCUGUAUCAAUUUUCAUAUGACAGUGAAACUUCUCCUGUGAAAAAAUUAUUUAAUAUUACUCUCCCAGGUGUGGGUCAUUCCGAGGAAUUAUCUUACUUAUUUUAUGCAAACAUGAUGAAAGAUUUCGGCUUAUCACCACCUACACCUGAUUCGGAAGAUUAUAAGAUGAUAAAUUCUUUAACACAAAUGUGGACAGAUUUCGCAAAAACAGGAAAUCCAACGCCUAUCACAAAUUUGUGGUUACCGGUAACAAGCUCACAAAGUGGAAGUUAUAAUUAUCUAAAUAUCGAUAAGAACUCACAAAUGAAAGUUUUCCGCAAAGGAGAAGAAAGAUGGGAUUGGGAAGAAAAGAAAAAUAAAUUACAGCAUUAAAAGUUUACUUACAUUAUAACAAAUAUACUUUAUAUCAUAUACUUUAUAUCAUAACAUAUAUAUAUCGUAAGACUUAUCAAUAUGCUUUCUGGUUUAUAUAUGGUUUUUAUAUUACAAUAAAUAUCCUCUGCAAAGAUA